CUCUCUCUCAUCCAUUAGCAGGAAGAACAGAUCGCUGACAGACGAGAAGAGACGAGACGGCCGAGGCAGACGGAACAGAAGAAGAAAGAGAGACCGAAGAAGAGAGAAAAACGACUAAGAAGAGAAGCAAAGCAUCAUGGACGCUCUGAAGAAGGGAUUCUCCAUGGCAAAGGGUGGAGUGGUGGCCGCCGCCGAGAAGACGAAGGCCGGCGUGGAGGAGGCCGCCAAAACCAAGGAGGGGGUGUUAUAUGUUGGAAACAAGACGAUGGAGGGAGUGGUGACCGGCGUGAACACAGUUGCCCAGAAGACCAACGAACAGGCCAACAUCGUCGCAGACACCGCGGUUACCGGGGCCAACGAGGUUGCCCAGGCAACAGUGGAAGGGGUGGAGAAUGCAGCGGUGGCGAGCGGAUUCGUCAGCACGGAGGAGGCGGGACCAAAGGCUGAGGAGGCCGACCUCCCAAAAACAAAAGCAGGAGAACAGACUGAAGAGGCUGCACAGUAGUCACUUCCUGUUUCGUCCCGUCCAAUGAGAGAAGAGGAACCAUCACAUUUUUAGCCGUCACUAAACCCUUGACCUCUGACCCUCCCUAACCCCACAAUAUUCUUCAGCUGCUGUGUGUAACUAAACCUCAUUAACCAAUAGAAGCCCUCCUCCUGUGCC